UCAGUUAAAAAAGCCUUCUCCUUCCUGCUGAAUCUCCAUGUCAAUGACAAAAGAAAUAAAUCAAUGUUUCACAGACCCUGAAGGAUGGAACUGAAACGAAUUGAUCAGGCGACUCAAAAUUUCGUAAUUUUGAAAAUCUGGACGGGCCCUAGACCUUUAUAUAGGGGCUAGUUUCAAAACCUUUUCGGCAGAUGUGGGUGUCUAUAGAAAAGAAAUAUCAUCCCCAUUCGACAUUCAUUUCCUACUAAGGAACGGAAUCUUUUAAAAAAAAGCUCACGGUUGUUCGACGACUAGUUUCCGGCAAUCUUCUUUGAUUUGAUAAAUGGGAACUCCGUCGUCAAAAAGAAGGUUCGCGCAAUCACAGACCAAGGUGUCAUGGAACAACAAUCCCUCCUCCGUUUCUGAGAAAAGUGAAGGCACAGAAAAGGUUCUUUCAAGACGAAAGAACAAUAAAUCAGACGAAACGGUAGGGCCCCUCGCCGAAGUGACGAAUGAUUCACCGAUUGUUGGGUUAGCCAUGAACAACUUGGAAACCCCUUCGACCCUGAUCAUGAAGAAGAUUAAACCAAAGAUGGCACCCGGAUCUGGCGAGUCCUUGCUCCGUAGGCAGGUUAAGACCCUCCUGCAGAAGGUGCAAGAUGACGCCGAUCUCUCGAAACUCGCUUUCGAACAUCGCUUUGAUCUUGGUUUACAAGGCAUCCUCCUAAAUUCCUCGUCAGGACUUCUUGCCCUCACUCCCGCCAAUACACCCCACGCUCCAAAUUUCUCCUGCAAUGGCGGUUUCGACAUCACACCCAAUCACCCGACAUCUACAACAACAGCCUUUGAAUUAGAGGAGGGAUCCAAGGCUUCUAAGGACGUAAUGAUCACCGAAGGAUUGAAGCAAGAAACUCUUGAACUGGAAAAGAUGCCAUCAACUCCGUUAAUACUUCUAAGCAUUUCUGAGGAACCCGAGAUAUCUGGUUCGUCAUCAUACUCCACUAUGACGAUAGAACAAGAAAGCAAGCUGCGGGUUUAUAGGCAUGUUCAGGAAGACGACGAAGAAGGAGAUUAUACUGAAGAAGAGGGAGCAUUGGUGGAUGAACUGUGUACAGGGUUGAGCAAGGUACGCAUACAGGAGAAGAGAAUGCCUGAAUUUCUGGGUAAACAUAUCCGAUUUCUUUACAACAGUGAUGAUGAGAUUGAAGGACAAGAGGAGGUCACCGAGAGCUCUCCUGUUUCCCCUAGCAUCUUGCGAUUGAAGGGUAUCCCAGCACCACAGGGCAAGCACCUACGCUUUCCUGAUGAAGAAGAUGAUUGAAAUUCUGGAAUUGGGCCACAUGAAGAUGAAUGUGUCUCCUUGACACCAUUUUGUGUUUCAUUUCUGAUUGUUUAGAAAGAAAGACAAAUUGAUUGAAGGGUUACAGGAAAUGCUUGAUCAUUGAUGUGCUGCUGUUCGCUGAGAGUUAUUUUGAAUUACUGGGUCUAUUAGUGAUGGCUCAGAAACCAAGCGAUUGAAUGUUUUCUUUAAUCACUUGGCUCAGAAACCAAGUGAUUGAAGGC